CCGGGAACCCGCUGGAGGCAGUGGUGGCGGCGGCUGCUGCGGAACGAUGGGCACCAACGCGCGGCCUUCGGCGGUCCGUGCUGGCGGCGGCUGGGGCGCGGUAGGGUCCUGGACGAGCUCCGGCGCGCUGCGGCCGCCGCUCCCGUCUCUCUCCUUUCUGUUUUUGUUGCUGGUGGCUCCCGGCGCUCGGGCCGCAGGAUACAAGACAUGCCCCACGGUACAGCCGGACAUGCUCAACGUGCAUCUGGUGGCCCACACACAUGAUGACGUGGGUUGGCUCAAGACGGUGGACCAGUACUAUUAUGGCAUCAACAAUGGGAUCCAGCAUGCUGGCGUGCAGUACAUCCUAGACUCCGUCAUCUCCUCCCUGCUAGCAGAGCCCACCCGCCGCUUCAUUUACGUGGAGAUGGCCUUCUUCUCCCGUUGGUGGCACCAACAGACAAAUGCAACACAGGAAGUUGUGCGGGACCUGGUGCGCCAGGGGCGAUUGGAGUUUGCCAACGGUGGCUGGGUAAUGAACGACGAGGCGGCCGCCCACUACGGAGCCAUCAUAGACCAGAUGACACUCGGGCUGCGUUUCCUGGAGGACACGUUUGGCAACGACGGGCGCCCCCGUGUGGCCUGGCACAUCGACCCCUUCGGCCAUUCUCGGGAGCAGGCCUCGCUGUUCGCUCAGAUGGGCUUUGACGGCUUGUUCUUUGGGCGCCUGGAUUAUCAAGAUAAGUGGGUGCGGAAGGAGAAGCUAGAGAUGGAGCAGGUAUGGCGGGCCAGCGCCAGCCUGAAGCCCCCCGCUGCAGACCUCUUCACCAGUGUGCUCCCCAACAUGUACAACCCGCCGGAGAAUCUGUGUUGGGACGUGCUGUGUGCUGACAAACCCGUGGUGGAGGACCCCCGCAGCCCCGAGUACAACGCCAAGGAACUGGUUGAUUACUUCCUGCAGUUAGCCACAGCCCAGGGCCGGUACUACCGCACCAACCACACUGUGAUGACCAUGGGCUCAGACUUCCAAUAUGAGAAUGCCAACAUAUGGUUCAAGAACCUUGACAAGCUCAUCCAGCUGGUCAAUGCCCAGCAGCAGUCCAACGGAAGCCGCAUCAAUGUUCUCUAUUCCACUCCAGCCUGUUAUCUCUGGGAGCUGAACAAGGCGAACCUCACCUGGUUGGUGAAACAGGAUGACUUCUUCCCCUAUGCCGAUGGCCCCCACAAGUUCUGGACUGGCUUCUUUUCCAGCCGGCCGGCCCUCAAACGCUAUGAGCGCCUCAGUUAUAACUUCCUGCAGGUGUGCAAUCAGCUGGAGGCGCUGGCGGGUCCUGCAGCCAACGUGGGACCCUAUGGCUCUGGAGACAGUACAUCCCUCAAUGAGGCAAUGGCUGUGCUCCAGCACCACGACGCAGUCAGUGGUACCUCCCAGCAGCACGUGGCUGAUGAUUAUGCGCGCCAGCUGGCAGCAGGCUGGGGACCCUGCGAGGUUCUCUUGAGCAACGCGCUCUCCCGGCUCAGCGGCUCCAAGGAGGAGUUCACGUUCUGCCGCAACCUCAACAUCAGCGUCUGUCCGCUCAGCCAGACCGCGGAGAGCUUCCAGGUGACCAUUUAUAACCCCUUGGGGCGGAAAGUGGAUUGGAUGGUGCGGCUUCCGGUCAGCCAACACGUUUUCCUUGUGAAGGACCCCAGUGGCACGGUUGUGCCCAGCGAUGUGGUGACAAUGCCCAGCUCAGACAUGCAGGAGCUGCUUUUCUCAGCCUCAGUGCCUGCCCUUGGCUUCAGCAUCUAUUCAGUAACCCAGGUGCCUGGCCGGAGUCCACAGGCUCACACCUCUCAGCCCGGAUCCCAGAAGCCCUCGUCCCGCAUCUUGACCAUCCAAAAUGAACACCUCCGGGCUAGGUUUGACCCUGACACAGGGCUCUUGGUGGAGUUGAAGAACCUGGACCAUGACCUUCUGCUGCCAGUUCGCCAAGCCUUCUACUGGUACAAUGCCAGUACAGGCAACAACCUAAGCACCCAGGUCUCAGGUGCCUACAUCUUCAGACCCAACCGACAGGAACCACUGCUCAUGAACCACUGGGCUCAAACCCGCGUGGUGAAGACGGCCUUGGUGCAGGAGGUGCACCAGAACUUCUCAGCCUGGUGUUCCCAGGUGGUUCGCCUGUACCCGGGACAGCGGCACCUGGAGCUGGAGUGGACGGUGGGACCAAUACCUGUGGGUGACGGCUGGGGGAAGGAAGUCAUCAGCCGCUUUGACACUGCGCUGGAGACAAAAGGACUCUUCUUCACAGACAGCAAUGGCCGAGAGAUCCUGGAGAGGAGGCGGGAUUAUCGACCCACCUGGGAGCUGAACCAGACUGAGCCAGUGGCAGGAAACUACUAUCCAGUCAACAGCCGUAUUUACAUCACGGAUGGGAACAUGCAGCUGACUGUGCUGACCGAUCGCUCCCAGGGGGGCAGCAGCCUGAAAGAUGGCUCCAUAGAGCUCAUGGUGCACCGAAGGCUGCUGAGAGACGACGGACGCGGAGUUGGGGAGGCGCUGCUAGAGAAGGGGUCGGGGUCGUGGGUGCGAGGACGCCACCUCGUGCUGCUGGACAAAGCCAGUAUAGCGGCUGUCGGGCACCGGUUGCAGUCGGAGAAGGAGCUCUUGUCCCCGCAGGUGGUGCUGGCCCCAGGUGGUGGCUCCCCCUACCACCGGGGGGUCGCCCCAAGUACACAGUUCUCGGGCCUGAGCAGGGAACUGCCGCCCAAUGUGCACCUGCUCACACUGGCCCGCUGGGGUCGGAAAAUGCUGCUGCUGCGUUUGGAGCACCAGUUUGCUGUAGGGGAGGAUAUGGUCGGCAACUUGAGCUCUCCGGUGACCUUGGACUUGAGGGACCUGUUCUCCACUUUCACCAUCACUGACCUUAAAGAGACUACACUGGCUGCCAACCAACUCCGGGCUAGUGCCUCCAGGCUACAGUGGACACCGAGCACAGGCCCCACACCCAAGCCUUCUCCAUCCCGGCUGGACCCCGCCAGCGUCACAUUGCAGCCCAUGGAAAUCCGCACCUUCCUGGCCUCUGUCCAAUGGAAAGAGGAUGACUAGACCUGCAGGGGGCAGGCUGCCCUGUUUCCUGCCUGAACCCCCUCCUGCAGGGGUGAGGCAAACUCUCCCCCUUCUCUUGCUGCGGCCGCUAACAAAAGCCAUUAAAAUCCACUACCAAG